GUUUCCCCUGGCUGCGGUAGCUUCAUCAUGUUCACCAUUCAGUUUGUCAUCGGUUACACGGACGAAUCGCGCACUGGUCCGACUCUUGACUUCCCCAUAUCGGAACCAAAAAGCACCAUCGUGAUCGGUACAGCGGAGGUGCCUGAUAUUUGCCUGACUUCUUCGCUCUACAUCGGGUACUCCCAGCCGAUAGACGGCAAACCUAACACUGGUGACGAGUUCUUCCCAUUACCUCUCUACCAACUUGGAGAUGAUCGGAACCUGUACUCCUAUCAUGUGGGUGCGUCUGAUGUCGUCUUCCACUGGCCAACUAACUUGACAGCUUACGACGUCUGUGGCGUCCUCCUCGGUACCACACUGACAAUCACGGCCAAAAAAGAUGGUGCCACAUGGAUGGUGCCAAUAUCAAAUGGCACCACCACAUUCCCCAACCUGGCUCAUUCUCUACCAAGUUGGGUCUAUCUGAGGAUUGAUAGCUUAAACAUCACUCUGAUAGACUUCUACAUGUACCCAAUUGUUUAAGCGCUUCACUGCUGUCGUUCAAGAACGGUUCUCUGCAGGGGCUCAUGAAGAACUGCGCCCUAUGGAACCCUGCAUGUCAAGCCAUUUAGAGUUUCGAGUCAGGAGCUGUAAGCAGAAGUGAACCGGCCGGGUUGAAUAAAUGUAUUGG